AUGAGAUUCCAUGCUGCAGUUCUGGCUUCGCUCGCCGCUUCCGCGGUAGCCUUCCCCUCGCUGGCCGUGAAAGAGGGCCUCGAGAAGCUCGAGAAGCGCAACCCAGCGCCGGAACCGCAGCUCCUCACAGGCGUGCUCGGCUCGCUCAUAAACAGCAUCAGCGGCCUCCUCGGGAGCGUCGUCCAAGGCGCCCUCAACCCGGACGACAAGCGUCCCGAGCCCGGGUAUGAGUUCAGGGCUCCCGGUCCCGGCGACAGCAGAGGACCAUGCCCGGGCCUGAACCUGCUCGCGAACCACGGCUACCUGCCCCGCAACGGACACGUCAACUUUGGCCAAGUCAUCGAGGCCGCUGCCCGCGGCUUUAACAUGGGUCCCGAUGUGGCUACAGUAUUGCUCGUCUUUGCCAUCUUAACCGGCGGCGACAUCGCCACCGAGUCGUUCUACUUGGGGGCCGGCCCAGGAGGCGUUGGAGGGUUGAACAGACACUCCACGGUCGAGGCCGAUAUCUCCCCGAAUCGUGAGGACUUCUACAACGGAUGCGGCGACAACCACCACCUCUCGUCCCGCCUGUUCAAGCAGAACGUCGGCAUCGUUGCCGAGAGCGGAACCAAGCAGUUCGACCUAACCAACAUGGCCACCCAGUACCAGCAGUCCUCCAUGUUCUCCCAGAAGAACAACCCUUACCUCUACUACUUCCCCUUCCCGAUGAUCGCCUCGCUCGGCGCUUUCGCGUUCUACCCCCAGUUCUUCAGCAACGGCACGUACGGGGCCGGAGGAGUCGCCAACUACGAGUCCAUCUCCUCCAUCAUCGGAGCCAAGUACGACAGCGAGACCGGCGAGUUCCAGUACGUCCCGGAGACCUGGCCGGAGAACUGGUACCGCCGCUCCACGCCGUACGGCGCGGUGCAGACCCUGCUGGAUGGGCUCGGCGUCAUCUACCCCCGCAACAUCGUCGUGCCCGGCGCGGCCCAGCUCGGCACGGGCAACCUCAACGCCACGAGCCUGCUCUGCGACCUGUACCAGGCCGUCAACUCGUAUACCCCCCUCUUCGUCUCCGGCACCGUCGCCGAAGUGGCCGCCGCCUCCGCGUGGGCGCUUUCGAAGCUCGACCCGUACUUUGGCAGCACCGCCCUCGGAUGUCCGACCGGCACGCUGUCCCCCGACGCCCCCAGCCUUCUCUUUCCCAACGCGAGGAACGAGGGGGGUCCGCUCAACGCUCCGCCCAGCGUCGCGAGGAACGUUGGCGAUAACGUCUAUUACAAGACGUACUUCGCGACCGCCCCGGUCACCCCGGCGUGUUGA